AUGAAUCUUGAACAAAACAACCCUUCUGCUUCCUCUCAAAGUACAGAAAAAUCUAGAAAAAAGGGGAAGAAAUAUGGACAUAACUUCUCAGCAAGAGAUUUAGCUUUAGUAGAAGAACUUUUUUAUGGACACUCAUUUGACAAAAAGCUCGAAAAAAAUGCGAGCUUUGGGAGAAAGUUGAGGAAGAAGGAGAACGGAGAGAAGAAUACAAGUAGUAACAACGACUUGUACCCUGAACUUGAGAGGCAACUUGCUACUCUUGAGAACGACUUGAAAGAAGAGGACGAAGACAAAAAGAAAGUGAAGAAUAAAGAGGUGGCUGAGAAAGAAAAAGGAGAUGAGUUGCUUAAAGACCACGCAACAGAAUCAUUUGAACUUCUUUGUCAAAACGCGUCUUCUUCUCCCAAGAAAAGAAGAAUUGAAGAGGAUGGAGAGGGUAUAAAUGGCAGUACUAGUCCUAAAAAAGCCCAGAAAUAUAUAGAUGAUAGUAAUACAUAUUACUUUUUGAAGGAUUUCAAGGAUGAAAUCAAGAACGUGAUGGACACUGAUGCCGACUAUGAGAUGGUUAAAACUGUCUAA